AUGCCAGAAAGAUUCAAAGCAAAGCAGAUCGUUUUACCACAGCCAAUUUAUGUUGAAACUGAAGAUCAGUUCGAACAAAUGUUAAAAAUUAUUGGAAUUGAUUGUGAACGACGUGAUACUUAUUUUGAACCGAGGACGGCUCUUAUUCAAAUAUCAAGCAAAGAUCGCGAUUAUCUUAUAUUUAAUAACAACAUUGAUCCGACUCUCGUAUCAAAAUUAAAUCGAGUUACUCUAAACGAAAAUAUUAUAAAAGUUAUUCAAGAUGUCCGGCAGGAUUCCAUAUAUCUGCAAAAAGACUUUCAAAUUGAGUUCAAAAAUGUUUUCGACACAGAACUGGCAGCCGGUAUCAUUAAUUUAGACAAAACCAAUUAUUCGUUUUUAUUACAACAUUACUUGUCAAUCAAUGUAUAUGUGGCAAGAAAAUUUAAGAACAAUUUUCAGCAUGUCAUCAACGAAGAAAAUAAGCGAAGAAGUUCGAAGAAAGAACGUUUAUUACAGGACUUAAACGAUGAACAAUUAGCAAAAUUACAAGAAAUUAUUCACUUACGAUUUGAUGAAGGAAGAAGAUGUGAUGUUAUCGAGUGCAAAUUGUUACCAAAUAAAUUAUUGUUAAAAUUAAUUGAAUUAUCGUACGCAACGUCCAGUGAAAUUAGAAAUUUGUUACAACAAAAUAGUUAUUGUAAAUUAGAUGAUGAUUUUAUUGAUGAUAUAACAUCUGUUUUGUGUCCAAACUCAACAACAUAUAUUAAUGGAUUUUCAGAAGAAUUGCUCUUGCAAAAAAGAAAACGAGACACAAGUCGUGAAUCACACACAGAAUCAACAACCGAAAUACAACUAAAACGUGAGAAACGUCAGGAAAGAGGCAAGAAAAAAUUAGAUUUUAAUUUAUUUAUUUGUGGUUUACCAUGGAGGUGUCCAGUGGGGCGAAUUGUUAAAUUAUUCAAGAAUACAUAG